AUGGUUAUUCGUAAUAAGAACGCCACAUUAGUGGUGUUGGGUGAUAUCGGCCGAAGUCCUCGAAUGUGCUAUCAUGCAAAAUCGCUUGCUGAUAAAAACUAUCGUGUGCAAAUUGUUGGUUAUGCUGAUCAUUUACCACAUCCAACAAUUAGUGAACAUCCCAACAUUCGUAUAAUUGCGCUACGACCUCCACCAGCAUCCCUCAAUAAUCUACGGCCCGCGUUCGGUCUUUUUUUGAAGUUCUUCUGGACGUUGGCCACACUUCUGUUUGCACUGUUUUUCCGUAUCGAUUGGCCACUUCUUAUCUUGAUGCAAAAUCCACCCGGUGUUCCGUGCAUGUUGGCGUGCUGGAUUGCAGCGCGUGUUCGUCGUGCACAGUUCGUAAUCGACUGGCACAACUAUACGUAUUCGAUACUUCGAGAAAAAUACGGCCUGGAGGGAUUACGGACGACACGAGUUGCUGCCGUAAUGGCACGAGGAGCCAUCACUCCGUCGGAUGAUACAAAUUCAGGAGCGAUCUCAGGUUCCAAUGCUGCAGCUGGCAGUGGAGAUGUUCGAUUGAGACGUAUGACAAAGGGUGAACGUGCCGUACAAGUGGCUAACGCGAAUGCGAAUAAGAAGAAACGAAAUAUUGAUAAGAAAAAGAAAAUUUCGAUGUUACAAAGAUUCGUAGAAAGGACGUACUAUUGGGAAGGAUAUUUUGGUCGUCAUGCAGAUUUGAAUAUUUGUGUGACACAUGCGAUGCGUGAAGAUAUGCGUGAUGCAUGGGGUGUACAGUCGGCAACACUUUACGACAAACCGCCCGACUGGAAUUUUAAGAAGUUGAAUGAUGAACAAAUACAUCAACUCUUUCUGAAACUGGCCCAGUUCGGUGGUGAAUUCAAAUCGUUUGCAUGGGAGGAUUCGAAAGGGGCACUUGCCGACGAGGAUAUCACUGAAGGUGUAUAUUGCUUGCAUUUGAUCAUUCAUCAUAAGAAUCCUCAAACACGCCUUCCGCAUUUGCUGUGCGUUAUAACUGGACGUGGUCCAUUGCGUUCACAUUAUAUGGCAAAAAUUGAACACCUACAAAUGCAGCAAGUUGAAAUUCUAACGCCAUGGUUGGAAUCUGAAGAUUAUCCACGUCUCUUGGGUGCUGCGGAUAUUGGUGUUUCGUUACAUACGUCCACAUCUGGAUUGGAUUUACCGAUGAAAGUGGUGGAUAUGUUUGGUUGUGGACUGCCGGUGAUCGCGAAACGAUUCGCGUGCAUCAACGAAUUGGUGAACGACGGUCAUAACGGUAGACUGUUCGAUANUAUCAAAUCACUUUCGUGCGGAUUUCCUAACUACUCAACGCAGCUGCGUACACUGGCGAGCAAUUUAGAAUCAGAUCCGUUGAUAUCGUGGGAUAAGAAUUGGGAUGCAUGCAUAUGGCCGUUGAUUUGCACUUACGGAGCGCCACCCUAUGAUGAGGUGGCAAGACGUCAACGGUUCGCUGUGACGGAUAUUCCGGAAAAGUUGAGUGCAAAGAUGAGUGAAAACGAACAUUUGGAUGUUGUUGAGAGCAGUGAUGCGGAGUUUGAUAAGGUUGACGGAAAUGAGCAAAACAGCAAUCAAGAUAUUAGUGAGGAGAAUAUUGUGGCAUUAGAUGAGGACAACAAGACGACUGAUCAGCGAACUGAUGAUGUCAAUGAGAAAGUGUUGAAUACUAGUUAUCCUGAUGAAGAUAUUCCAUCACAGAAUCCCACUGAAUCACCAGAUGAAGAUCUGAAUCAGUCAGAUCAGAUAAUGAAAUCACCAUCACCUGAACCAAAAGAUGAGCAGCCAGCUGAACGAAUCGAGACUGUAGACCAGGAUCAACACGAAGAUCAUGGUCAUGGUCAGCCGAGUGACAAGGAUGGCGAAUCCGAAGUGGAGGUGCCAAAAGAUUCGGCAACGAACGAAGAUAUUACAGAGUUGAGCGAUUCACCUAGCAAUGAUAAGAGAGAUGAUUUGACUGAUGCUUCGAAGUGA